CUGCGUUAUAUAAACCUCUUCAAAGUUCUGCAAAUUCAAUCCACGAGGAUAUUGAAGAGUAGUGUCAGUGAGUUGAUAGCAAUUAAAAAUGUUGUUAAGGUACAAAAGAGUGGCUUUGUUGUUGUUGCUCUGUGCCAAUGUCUUUGUAGCCAAUGUGGUUGCAAGGAAUGUGGCAACUGUGGGAAAUGAUGAAGAAAAGAAUGUAGGGUUUGGGAAGGGAGGUGGGUUCGGAAUUGGAGUUGGUGGGGGAGGAGGAGCCGGUGGUGGAGGUGGGUUUGGUGGUGGUGGAGGAGGAGGAGCCGGUGGCGGGUUCGGCGGUGGUGCUGGUGCUGGAGGAGGGUUUGGCGGUGGAGGUGGUGCCGGUGGAGGGUUUGGUGGUGGAGCUGGGGGAGGACAUGGGAUUGGAGGUGGUGCGGGUGGAGGGUUUGGUAAAGGAGGAGGGCUUGGUGGUGGGAUAGGUAAAGGUGGUGCCAUAGGCAAAGGAGGAGGGCUAGGAGGUGGUGGUGGUUUUGGAAAAGGAGGAGGGGUUGGUGGAGGGAUUGGAAAAGGUGGUGGUGUUGGAGGAGGUGCUGGUGGAGGGUUUGGAAAGGGUGGUGGCAUUGGAGGAGGUGCUGGUGGAGGGUUUGGAAAGGGUGGUGGCAUUGGAGGAGGUGCUGGUGGUGGUUUUGGAAAGGGUGGUGGCAUUGGAGGAGGUGCUGGUGGUGGUUUUGGAAAGGGUGGUGGCAUUGGAAAAGGAGGUGGUGUUGGAGGAGGUGCUGGUGGAGGGUUUGGAAAGGGCGGUGGCAUUGGAGGAGGUGCUGGUGGUGGUUUUGGAAAAGGAGGUGGUGCUGGAGGUGGUGCUGGUGGAGGUUUUGGAAAGGGUGGUGGCACCGGAGGAGGUGCUGGUGGUGGUUUUGGAAAGGGUGGUGGCAUUGGAAAAGGAGGUGGUGUUGGAGGAGGUGCUGGUGGUGGCUUUGGAAAGGGUGGUCAUGGUGGUAUAGGUAAGGGUGGAGGUGGAGGUUUUGGUGGUGGCAUUGGAAAGGGUGGUGGAAUUGGCAAAGGUGGAGGUUUAGGUGGUGGAAUUGGCAAGGGUGGAGGUUUCGGUGGAGGAAUUGGAAAAGGAGGUGGCAUUGGAGGAGGAAUAGGCAAAGGUGGAGGUUUUGGUGGGGGUGUUGGAGGAGGUUCCGGUGGUGGAAUUGGAAAAGGUGGUGGCAUUGGAGGAGGAAUAGGUAAAGGUGGAGGUUUUGGCGGUGGUGUUGGAGGAGGUUCCGGUGGUGGCAUUGGAGGUGGAAUUGGAAAAGGUGGAGGUUUUGGCGGUGGUGUCGGUGGUGGAUUUGGUGGUGGCGCCGGUGGAGGCGGUGGCGGAGGCGGAGGCGGUGGAGGAGGAGGUGCUGGUGGCGGGUUUGGCGGAGGAGCAGGAGGCGGGUUUGGUGCAGGAGGUGGAUUUGGCGGUGGUGGAAUUGGACACCACUAGAGCGUUGCGAACGUUGCAUGCAUGACAAAGUUAUAUUUUAACGUCCUUUGUAUUAGCCAUGAUAAUUGGUUUAUUGAAAAAUAUUGUGCUUGUAAGACAGAAAGAAUUAAUUAUUAAUGUUGGCUUAAUAAUAUUAAUGUACUCCGUUUCUUGUAAUAAUUAACGUUGAAUGAAAGAACCAGAGAUAUAUGUACUCUUUUUGUAUUCAAUGAGAAGAAGAAAUGGCACGAAAAUCACUUUCAACCUCAA